GCGCCUCCGGCCCGUGCGGCCUCGCGCUGGGUAAAUUGGCGGGUCGGAGUUUGUGGGAAAACAAACGGAGGAGAAGUUUUCCCCGAGCCUCGGGCUAUUCUCCUUUGUUUUCAUGAUCUUCAUCAGUCACUCCUCCUCCUCCUGUUGGUCCGCCGGGCAGUGAGGCUCCCGUGACGGACAGACCGAGCCGGAGGAAGAGGAGGAUGCGGAGAUGAAGCUGCUGCUGUGGGUCGUCGUGUUAUCCCUGCGGAGCCCCGCCGGGACUUGUGGGAGCGGUGUGGUGUUCACAAAGCAUCCGUCCAAUCAGACGGUGUCUCAGGGGAACGAGGUGCGGCUGGGCUGUGCAGUAGAAGGCGUGACGGAGCCGGAGAUCACCUGGAUGAAGGACGGCGAGAAGCUGUACAGCACAGACCAGGUGUUCCUCACGCUGGGAGAGCAGCACUGGGAGACGUCACACAGUGUGAAGUCGGUCCAGCAGCAGGAUGCGGGUCAGUACUGGUGUGAGGUGGAGUUCCACGGCCUGACCUUCUCCUCUGAGCGAGCCUGGAUUACAGUGGAAGGGGUUCCUCACUUCACCCAGGAGCCUCAGGAUGUGGCGAUGUUCGCCGACACACCCUUCAACCUGACCUGCACCGCUGUCGGCCCCCCCGAGCCCGUGGAGCUGCUGUGGUGGCUUGGAGGAGUCCGGGAGGGGGAGCCUGGACCCUCACCUUCCAUCCUUCACGUCCCAGGUGUGAACAGCAGCAUCAAGUUUUACUGUGAAGCGAAAAAUGCCAGGGGCGUCUCCGUGUCCAGAACUGGAACCGCUCACAUCAAAGUGCUGCCAGAGGCUCCGGUCAGCCUGCAGAUCGUUGGGAUGGUGGACAACAACGUAACGUUGUCAUGGAAACCGGGAUUCACUGGUCACUCUGAACUGUCCACCUGCAUCGUCCAGGUGUUGAGGCGCUCCGCCCGCAGGUGGGACCUCCCACAGCGGGAGGUCCAGGUUCCUCCUCACCUCCACACUCUGACUGGUCUGAGGAGUCACGCAAACUACAGCGCCAGAGUCUCCUGUGUGAACGAGGUGGGGGCGUCGCCCUUCUCGCCCUGGUUGCACUUUCACACACCUGAAGCAGUGCCCUCUGCGGCCCCAAGGAACCUUACCUUUGACCUCUCGGAGCAGCACCUGUCUCUGAAGUGGGCGGAGCUUCAGGUGGACGAGCUGCAGGGUAGACUGUUGGCCUACAAGGUGCAGUGGACUGUGGGAGGAGAGGCUCAGGAGCCGCUCCUCUUUAAGGAGAGCUCCGCCCACCUCUCUGGAGGUGGUCGUUUCUUUAAUGCGUCCUUCCAGGUGGCGGCCUGCACAGCGGUGGGCUGUGGGCCGUGGACCCCGGUGCUGGUGCUGCCCCCUUCAGCGCAGGUCCGGGUCCCGCGGAGCCACGUGUGGGUCGGUCUGCUGCUCGGCCUCCUGGUCGCCACCAUUGCCGGGCUGCUGCUGGCUGUCGUUGCUCAGCGCCGCGGGAAAGAGAUGCAGUUUGGCUCGGCCUUCAAGUCUCCGGGUGCAGAGACGUCAGUGUCCUUCACAGCGGCGCGGUCCUUCAGCAGGAACGUGACGGACCUGCAGGAGUCCACCUUGGACGGUCUCUCUAUCAACGACGAGCUGAAGAACAAACUAAAGGACGUUUUGAUUUCUGAGCGGCUGCUGACGCUCGGACACAUGCUGGGAAAAGGUGAGUUUGGCUCAGUGCGUGAGGCCUUCCUGAAGACCGAGGACUCGUCUGUCCAUAAGGUGGCGGUCAAAGUGCUGAAAUCUGACAUCACCUCGUCAGGUGACAUCGAGCAGUGUCUAAAGGAGGCGGCCUACAUGAAGGACUUCCACCAUCCCAACGUCAUCCAGCUCAUCGGAGUGAGCCUCCACCGGCGUCCCGGCCAGCGGCUGCCGAUCCCGAUGGUGGUUCUGCCGUUCAUGAAGCACGGAGACCUGCACACCUUCCUGCUGCUGUCCAGGCUGGGAGACGAGCCGUUUGACCUGUCUCUGCACACGCUGGUCCGGUUUAUGUUGGACAUCUCUCAGGGAAUGGAGUAUCUGAGCAGCAAGAACAUCAUCCACAGAGACCUCGCCGCCAGAAACUGCAUGCUGAACGAGGACAUGACUGUGUGUGUGGCAGACUUCGGCCUCUCUAAGAAGAUCUACAGUGGCGAUUAUUACCGUCAGGGCUCCGUCUCCAAACUGCCCGUCAAGUGGAUCGCUCUGGAGAGUCUGGCUGACAACGUGUACACCACGCAGAGCGAUGUGUGGGCGUUUGGUGUGACGAUGUGGGAGAUCAUGACUCGUGGUCAGACUCCGUAUCCUGGCGUGGAAAACUCAGAGAUCUACGAGUUCCUGAUCAAAGGAGAACGUCUGAAGAAGCCAGCCGACUGCAGAGACGACAUAUAUGAGAUCAUGCACAGCUGCUGGAGUCCCGUCCCUAAAUGUCGGCCCAGCUUCCAGCAGCUGGUCAGCCAGCUGGAUACACUGUGGGUCAGCCUGUCGCCCGCCUCCCCUCAGAAGGAGCCGUUACUCUACGUCAACCUGGAGGGCGAUGGUGGCGAGCAUGGGGGAGGAGCCCGGGCCCCGGGGCCUGAGGAGGCGGCGGCGGCGGCUUCAAACUGGGGUGUCCCAUGGCAGCGGCAGGUGGAGCACGAGGAGAAAGACUGGCUGAUUGGGUCAGUGGCGGCGUUUGCCAUUGGUGGCGACUACAGGUACAUCAUCGGCCCCUGUGGAGCCUCUGAGGAGGAGGCGGGGAGGGGGUCCACAGACACGUUACAGGAGGAGGCGAGGGACGAAGACGACGACGACGUCGUCAUCAACGUGUGA